AUGGACGGAGGGGCGUUCCUGCCCUUCCUGCCGGCGGACAAUGCGGACCUGUCAGACCCCUCCAGCCGCGCCGCGCUCGACGCGAUCAGCGCCGCGCUCGGGGACCUGCUGCGCCAGCCGCCGGCCGCGUUUUGGGCCGUUGUUCUGCGGGACGACAGGUCGCUGCACGACUGCCUGGAUUCAUUUCUGCGGUUCAAGCGCCGCGGCUUUGACGACGGCAUUGACGGCGUCGACGGCGCGUCCCGCGUGCUGGCCGAGGUCUCCCGGCGGGUGUUCAUGGUCUACAUGCGGAU